AUGCGAAUCAAGGGAGCCUCUUCGCUAGAGCCCCUUGCUCUGCGCGGACAACGGCGUAGCGCAUCGUCGUCUCCAUUGCCUUGCAUGGCAGUGUCCGGCACGAGGGCCGCCUCGACGUUCUGGCGAGCACCGGCAUCAUCCUCCUCGACCUGUCAGCCCAUCCGCCUGGCCCCGUUCUGCCGAUCCGCUUCGGUCGUUUCCAUCUCCAGCAGAACCCCCCGACUGUUGUCAGCAUCCUACUCGACCUCGUCCCCCUCGCCGUCUUCGUCCUCGUCCUCGUCCUCGUCCCAGUCUCGGCCCGCGUCUCCAUCCCCGUCGCCGACCAAUCCUUCGAAAUUCUCCUACAACAUCGCCGCCUCCUUCAUCGCCAAAGACCGCCCCUACGACCCCCUCUCCCACGUCUUCCACUUCAGCCCCUACAGCCGCAUCAACCCGCCGCGCCGCCAUCGGCGCUCCUCGAGGCCCGAUUCGGGCCAUGAUGCCUUCUUCGUCUCGCGCGUGAACGAGUCGGGCGCCGUCGCCUUUGGCGUCGCCGAUGGUGUCGGCGGCUGGACCGAGUCCGGCGUCGACCCUGCCGACUUCUCGCACGGACUCUGCGACUACAUGGCCGGCGCCGCCUACGGCUACGGCCACGGCUCGGUCGACAGCCCGCCCCUGACGGCCAGAAAGCUGAUGGAGAAGGGGUACGACAUGGUGUGCAACGACACGAGCUUGCAUGCAGGCGGCAGCACCGCCUGCGUCGCCAUCGCCUCCCCGGACGGCACCUUGGACGUGGCGAACCUCGGCGACUCGGGCUUCCUGCACCUGCGGUUGAACGGCGUCAACGCGUACUCGGAGCCUCAGACGCACGCCUUCAACACCCCCUUUCAGCUGUCCCUCAUCCCGCCGAUGCUGGCCGCUCGCAUGUCGGCCUUUGGAGGCGCGCAGCUCUGCGACCUGCCGCGCGACGCCGACGUGUCGCAGCACCAUCUCCGCCACGGCGACGUGCUCAUGUUUGCCACCGACGGCGUCCUGGACAACCUUUUCAACCAAGACAUCCUCCGCAUCGCGAGCCGCGUCAUGGUCUCGACCGGCGCUUGGCGGAUGACGGAACUCGGCGGCGUGCGCGUCGGCGAAACCAUCCACGCCCUCACCCAGUCGCUCGCGCCGAGUGACUCGACCGACCGUGGAGCCGAGAGAGUGAUGACGCUGCAGAGCUUGCUCGCCACGGAGCUGGUCACGUAUGCCAAGAGCGCGAGCGUCAACACCAAAGUCGACGGGCCGUUUGCCAAGGAAGUCAAGAAGUACUAUCCGCAUGACCCGUGGCGUGGUGGCAAAGUCGACGACAUUUGCGUCGUCGUCGCCGUCGUCUCCGAAGAUUCCCCGGCUGCGAAGAGCAAGCUGUAA